UUGCAAAUCUCUUUAAUGUCUGACUUAAUAGAAGACAGCUGGAUUCUCAUAUCUGCUUCUGCAGUCUGUUGCUACAUCACACCUCGCGCAGCCUCUGGAAAACGGCACCGUACACUGGGUUCGAGGAACUUUUCUGUAAACAGUCCUAAGAGCAGUACAGCCAACAGUGGUGGCUUUCUUCUCAGUACCAAUAUGAAGUGGGUACAGUUUUCAAACCUACACGUUGACGUGCCCAAGGAUGUGACUAAGCCUACGAUAACCGUUUCUGAUGAACCAGACACGUUAUAUAAGCGCCUGUCAGUUUUAGUAAAGGGCCAUGAUAAGGCUGUAUUGGACAGUUAUGAAUAUUUUGCCGUGCUUGCUGCUAAAGAACUUGGUAUCUCUAUUAAAGUACAUGAACCUCCAAGGAAAAUAGAACGAUUUACUCUUCUCAAAUCAGUGCAUAUUUUCAAGAAGCACAGAGUUCAGUAUGAGAUGAGAACACUGUAUAGAUGUUUAGAGUUAGAACGUCUAACUGGAAGUACAGCAGAUGUCUACUUGGAAUAUAUUCAGCGAAACUUACCUGAAGGAGUAGCCAUGGAAGUUACAAAGACAAAAUUAGAACGGUUGCCAGAACACAUCAAGGAGCCAAUCUGGGAGACGAUACCAGAGGAAAAAGAAGAAAGCAAGUCCCAAAGUCUCAGAGAGACCACUUGUGCUGGCAUUUGAAAUGAGGAUGGGCCAGACGUGUUCGCUGAAAUGGAGAGUGCUUCCAGGCGAGAUGAUUUUGAGUCCCCCUGACACUCUGUUGAGUCCACAUACGUGAUCAGUUGAAAUCAGGGAAUGGAACUUGAAUGAUACACUGGACUGUAGUGCAGGACCACUUUAUCUAGUCUUUUGUACAUGUCAUUGUUUCGGUUCUGAUUUUAACAAAUGUGAGCAAACCAUUUUGACUACUAUACACCAGAAGAGUCAGAUUUAUAUUUUGUUAUUCUGCUAUUGUUCAAUUAUUAGUUGAUACUGAUUUUAAUUUAUAUCGUUUCAUUAAUCUGAAAGUGAGUGUUUGAAAUAUUCCUCACACAUGUUUUUUUCUUUUGAGGUACCCAGAAGGAACCUGUGGUUAUUUUGGUUGAUUUAACACUGAGCAGUGAAAGUUUUUGAUAUUUACCUUGGUGCGGGCUAGCAUAUGCUAGUUGGGGUGGUAACCUCCAAAUUUUACCUCAUUUAAGCAUCAUGUUCUUGAAAAUGAGCAUUCUUUGCAGCAGGUCAGGCCCAUUUGUGCCGUGCACUGCCCUCUUCUUGUAGCCCAGACCCUUACAGGACUGCCUCCCAGGGUCACUAUAAUGGCAUUUGAGCUCUCAAGAAAUUACUGCUGUAUCAUUUCAUUCAUCUUGGGAUUCAUUCAACAAGCUUUUAUUUUGUUAACUUUGUAUCUAGUACUGUAGUAAAUACCAAAAAUUGAAUAGAAAUAAUGGCUUUUGAAAAUUGUGCAAGGCACGGAUAAAUAUUUUUCCUUAUUAAGUUCCACAUUGCUAAGAAAGCCUGUUUCUUUUGGUAAAUGGCACUCUUUGUUUGGAGACAUCUACUUUUCCACGACAUUAAAUAGUAGUUAAAGCCACGAAAGAGGCAAGACUCCAAUGGGCUGAAACUGUUAAGUGUAUCAACCCCAAGGGAGUGAUUCGUUUCCUUUUUUACAGCAGAAUCAAGUCUGUGUCUUUUGUGGUUUCCUUCACAUCUUUGGAGUAGUUAUGACUUCUCAGUUUUUCCCCCCUUAAGCUAGAGUCCCGAUUCUCUUUUCCCAACCUACUAUCAGGUAUCAGUGUUUUGAAUGCAUACUGCGAAUGUAUCAGACUUCCAGUACUGUCAUUAACAUGAAAAGAAUUACAGCCUUGUGCCCCAUGACCUCAUUCUGUUUGUAGCUUGGUGGUUGACAGUCAUUCACGAAUGCCUAAAGCAUGCUUAUCCCAGGUAUAAGCCUCAGGGUUAAGAACUAGUCAAUAAAACAAGAGUGAUAGAGUUUAACUAUAUCUAGCAAAGCAGCAAUUUGGGACCCAUUUCUACUUUAAAAGAAAUAAUUUUUUAAAAAUAAAUAUAGGGACCUACCCGGUGGCGCUGUGGUUAAGUGCACGUGCUCUGCUACUGCAGCGCGGGGUUCGGGGGUUCAGAACCCCGGGCGCGCACCAACGUGCUGCUUGUCAAGCCAUGCUGUGGCAGCAUCCCCUCUAAAGUGGAGGAACACGGGCACGGAUAUUAGCCCAGGGCCAGUCUUCCUCAGCAAAAAGAGGAGGAUUGGUGUUGGAUGUUAGCUCAGGGGUAAUCUUCCUCACCAAAAAAAAUAAAUAAAUAAAAAUAAAAUAAAAAUAAACAUAGACCCACAUCUAAGCUUUUCUUUGAUUUUUUUACAGACGGUAUGAAUCACUGUAUUAGGAUGAUUUAUGCAUACUCAACCUCCAACGACUCUCCAUGUGAGCUCCUUUAAAGGUGUGCAUCCACUUCCAGCUGUUUUCAAACUAAACUACCCUGUAAACCAGAUUACUUAGCUUAGCCCUUCGAAUUAUACAUUGAAAUCUUGUUGCAGAUAAAUAUGCAAAUAAACUACAUAUGACAAAAGCUAGUGGUACUUUGACAAAAGAAUUUGGCGUAUUUGAAGUGUACUUCUUGGUAUAAACAAGGUAGUUUUUUAUCCUGAUAGGCUGAGAAAGUUUUUUUUAAUUGAGUAAAAUGUAUAUUCUGAAAAUUAGAAUUAAGUCUCACUUUCUGUCCAUGGGGGGGAUGGGAGGUAGUGAGAGAAAAGUGGACCUGAUGGUAGAAUGAACCAGAAGGCAGGUAAGAAGUGAGAUCAUUUUUUUAUUGAGGUAUAAUCCUGAGUUCAUUGGUGCUUUCUCUGAUCUGAAGUAUCUUUUCAUAUUAAAUAAAAUUGUGUUAUGGUCUGUUUAAAAUUAUUGGUAGACCUCUAUAGAUUAAACUCAUUGAGUGCCUAG